AUGCCUCCAAAAUCCGACCACCUCUCGCCGUCCUCGUCGUCGGCGUCAAUGGAUCACUCAUCGGACUCUUCCUCCGUCGACCCAUUUUUCCAUAUCGUCCGAAUCCUACCCUACUCCUUCCUCCGCCCUCCCCGCCUCCGUCUAAAGCUCCCAUCUUUCUCACUUCCCUCCCCAAUGACCGUCUUCGCCCUCAUCCUCCUCACUUACUUCCUCGUCGUAUCCGGCAUCGUCUACGACGUUAUCGUUGAACCUCCGGGUAUUGGAUCUACACAGGAUCGAGUUACCGGAUCGGUCAAACCCGUUGUUUUCAUGCCCGGUCGGGUCAACGGGCAGUACAUUAUCGAAGGUCUCUCUUCCGGAUUCAUGUUCGUUCUUGGUGGGAUUGGGAUUGUGCUCUUGGACCUUGCGCUUGAUAAGAAUCGGGCUAAGAGUGUCAAGGAUUCGUUUGCUGCCGCCGGAGUUUCCUUUGUUGUUAUUUCUUAUGUCAUGAGUAUGCUGUUUAUUCGUAUCAAGAUCCCGGCUUAUCUCCGUUGA